AUGGGCGUGAGGGAGCAAGUGAUAGUGGAAGAGGCGGAAGAGUCCGUCGAGAAGGAGGAGAUCAAGAAGAUUCCUCCCGAUGGCGGUUGGGGAUUCGUGGUGGUCAUUGCGUACGGACUGGCGAAUGGCAUUGUGAUUCCGGUGCUGCAGAGCUUCGGCCUGAUCUACAAUGAUCAGUUCAAGGCGAUGCAGCUGACCGCAACCGACUCAGCCCUGAUCGUCAAUGUGGCGUCCGCGGUGGGAAUGGGCAUGGGCCUCUUCAAUGGGCCACUGCUGCGGAUUUAUGGCUACAGGAAAGUGAGCGUGGCGUCUGGAGUAUUCUUCUCCGUUGGACUCAUUCUCACCUCGUGGGCCUCAACUUUCACUCACUUCAUCAUCACCUACAGUAUUCUAACAGCCAUCGGCUUCGGGAUGGCCACUUCGGGAUUCUCCCUCGCGCUCAACUCGUACUUCGUGGCGCGGAGGAAUAAGGCUGUGGGCAUCGCGAUCACCCUCACAGGCCUCGGGCCGAUAUUGUUUCCUCAGCUGGUGUCACUGCUCCUUGCCAAUUAUGGCGUUCAGGGAACUGUUCUGAUCAUCGGCGCUGUCUCUCUCCACAUCGUCUUGGCGGGAUUGCUUCUGCAGCCCAUCGAAUGGCACAUGAUUGAGGGGAAAUCCACUCACAGUCGUCCUGAAGAGAAGGAGAAAAUCCCCAGAGAAAUAGAAAUGCAGGAGCGUCCAAGAAUGGCUGCAACAUCAGACAGUCUGCCAAGAAAGACUCCGGAAAAGAUAGAAGAACUCUGGGAAUUCCCAUCGGACGAUGAGCAAAUGUACCUGGAGUAUCCCUACAGAAGGAUCUCCAUUGAUCACAAUGCAGACACGCAAAGUAUUUACGGCUUUGAAGUCAUUCCCAUGAAGAUCGACUGCACAUUGUGCUCGCGAAGUCCUGGCGUUCCUCCGGUGAGGAAAUGCGCCACUUUCACCGAUCUCGAGCGUGUGAGGAGCGACAUGGGAAGUCCUCCGCCGUCUCCUGGACCACUCAGUGCCAUUCCCAAGAAGCGCUGGUUCGAAACCGGCUCCCUGGACACGGUGAAUCUCGGCAGUUCCGUGAAGAUAUUCGACGAGAAGUUCCACGAGUUGAAAGAUCCGCGCCGGAGUCAUCCUGGCAGUCGCCGGAGCAGCUUCAUGAAGAUGUCAGGUGUGACAGAGGAGGAGGAACAAGAGGGGCUGGUGAAUGGGAAGGGACAAGGGACGAAGCAGCCACUGAACAGAUCCAUGAGCACUGAGAGCUACUAUGCAAAUCUGCCCGUCCGGAAGCCAGCGAAGAAAGUCUUCCGGCAGUAUUUGCGUCGCGUGGUGAAGUUCUUCGAUCUGGAUCUGCUCAAGGAUCCCAUCUAUGUCAAUCUGAUGCUGGGCAUGUCCGUGGCAAUCUUCGCAGAACUCAACUUCUCCCUCUUCACACCCUUCAUUCUGGCCGACAUGGACUUCAACACUGACCAGAUCGCCGCUGUUAUGACUCUGCUGGGCAUCGCCGAUCUCGUCUUCCGCUUCCUGGCGCCCUUCAUCGGGGACUACUUCCAUCAGUCCGCGCGACGAAUGUACGUUUACAGCCUCGUGUUGCUGAUCAUCGGACGGUCAAUGGUUCCCUUCGCACACACGUACUUCUGGAUGCUGGGCGUUGGCUUCUUCCUGGGCGUGGCCAAGGGCGUGCGAUCGGUCUACAUGAGCCUGGUCAUUCCCAGUUACAUCAGCAUCGAGAGAUUGGCCUCAGCGUCGGGCAUUCAGAUGGUGACAAAUGGCAUUCUCCUGCUCACAUUCGGACCUUUGAUGGGCAUCAUCAGAGACGUUUCCGGGAGCUACGUUCACUGCAUCAUCUUCAUCAAUCUCGUGACCGCCACAACGCUAAUCAUGUGGGCAAUUGAGAUGAUCUACCUUAAACACCGCAAAACGCCCGCCUCAGCGGCCUCCAAUUCCAGCCAGAAGAAUGGGAAGCAAUAAGUCUUCCGACGUAGAUUUGAUGGCACACAAACUACUCCUCACAAUGGCCAUGGGAGACAACAUUAUUUCCCAAGUGUGGCGGCAAGAAAAUUCUCAGUGAAUUUCUCCGCGGCGAGAAAGUCAAGCGAAAAAGUGACUUAUGAAAAUCAAUGAAAGCCCAACAAUGCCAAAGAAGAGUCUUGUGUGCGUAGUAAAGUAAGUCAGGAAAAUUGAUUUAUUUCCCAUCACAAUAAUCUCUCUCUUUCUCUCUUUCUUGUGCCUGAUUGAGUGAUUUGCCAGUGGCUUCUUUUUCUUAAAUGGUUUUGCUGUGUGCGAUGAUGUUGGGAAGAGUGAUGAUGAUCAUGAGAGAAAUAAAGGUGUAUUUUUAAUUGCUGAGUUACACAUUUUUCUUGUUAUUAUUGUCUUUCCUCCUUCGUCAAUUAUAUACCUCUUUACACACAUUGUCUUAAAUGCCGCGCACUUAAAUUAUACUGCGCCAUCGCGCGUUCCUCUUUUCUCCAUCGAAAUUGCAUUUUAUAUGUACAAACACACAUCAAAUUCAAUUGGAAAAUGAUCUCCGCAAGAAGAUAUACACAAAGUAAUGCUCUCGCGCGGGAUUAUUCAAUUUGAGAGAAAUUGAAAUAAACAUAUACACAUGAUUGUGGGAAGUUUUUGCCCAGGUGAGAGACAGUGUCGCGCACGCACUGAGGAAAAUUACACUCUCUUUCCUCGCUGUGCCCGAAACAAAGACUGCGCGAAAUCAUCAACUUCAGUCGGGCUCAGAUGCUUAUGGUUUGAGCAAAAUGAGGAAUGUGCGAAUGUUAUGCUUUACAAAAGUUAAUGAAGACGCGCAUUGUUGCUUGUCGCCAUCAUGUUGCAGUGUACUUUGAGACUGAGAUUAUCCUAAAGUAUUAUUUUACUCUUAUUCUACACAUUAACAAUAAUCACCUCCUUUUCUGCCGCCUCUCGAAUUAACUUAUUGCCAAGGGAGAGAUAAUAUGCCCUAAAUCUGUACACCACUUCUGAACACUUCCACUUCCAUGCGAUAUUUCCGCAAGAAUCGACUUAAGAACGCAUUUUUGGACAUCUUUUCCGACCAUAACCUCAAAAGUAUCUAAAAGAUCUUCAAAAACUCUGUUUCGAAGCAUUCUAGAUCAC